AUGGAGCGAUACGAUGUUGCAGUUGUUGGCCUUGGUGCCCUCGGAAGCGGAGCAGCCUACCAAGCAGCCGUCAAGGGAGCCAAAGUCAUCGGCUUCGAACAAUUCGAGUUGGGCCACGUACGCGGAGCCUCCCAUGAUACUUCACGCAUUGUCAGGACUUCAUACGGGUCCCCUGAGUUUGUUGCACUUGCCCGGUCGGCGUACAAAGACUGGGCAGACUUGGAAAAACGGUCUGGCUUGAACCUGCUGGAUAUAACUGGCGGUGUUGUAUUCCUCCCCAGAAACGGACCAACCCCUUCUAGCGACUUUACCAAGAGUCUUGACGCCAAUGGUGUUCCUUACGAGCUACUUGAUUCUAAAGAAGUCAACCGACGUUGGCCCGGGUUCAACAUUCCCGAUGGGAUUGAUGCCGUCUACACAGCAGACACUGGCAUUGUCCAUGCUUCCAAAGCCGUCACAACUAUGCAAUACCAAGCUCGUGCCAAUGGAGCUGUCUUAAGAGAGAAGACUCGGGUAGACCGCCUGAUACCAGAUGGCAACGGUGUGAUCAUCGAGACGUCCAAGGGUCGGGUCCGAGCCGGGAAAGUGAUCCUUGCGGCUGACGCCUGGAUAAACAAGCUUCUUGGACCCCUUGGAGCCGAAAUCCCCCUCACCGUCAUGCAGGAGCAGAUUACCUACUUCAAGCCGGAGAAUCCAGCUCUCUUCGAACCAGAGCGGUUCCCCGUGUGGAUCUGGGGUGGCGAGAAAUGGUUCUAUGGAUUUCCGACCUACGGCGAGCCAACCAUCAAGGCAGGCCAGGAUGCCCAGGAGAAUUUUAUGACGCCCGACAAUCGCACUUUUGUUCCCUCCCAAAAGGUGUUCAAGACCCUUAAGGAUCACAUGGAUACUAUCAUCCCCGGCCAUGGCCAGGAUUUGCGGACAGUAACCUGUCAGUAUUCCAUCACGCCGGAUCGCCAGUUCAUUAUCGGCCCGAUUCAAAAGAACCCUAACAUUAUUGUCGCCCUGGGUAAUGGACACGCGUUCAAGUUUGCUCCUGCUAUCGGUCGAGUGGUGGCGGAGCUCGCCAUUGACGGAAAGACGAGUGACGAUAUCAGCAAAUUCCCCGUACCGACUCCGGCCGGCUCGAGCAAACUAUAGUCGAAUGGUGGUGGAUGUUCCUUGUCAGUGAGAUUGAUGAUUGAUACGUCAGAAAAUAUAUUCUAGGGCAGCCUCCUGGCUCUGAUAGCUAUAU